UGUCAAUUUGUCAAGAAAAUGGAGUUUUGUUACGCAUAAAAUUGUUUUAAUAAUUCAUUAUGAUAUUAAAUAACAUAAUUUGCGACACCUGCCUGGGUUAGAAUGGAGAAUACAGCUCCAUUUCAACCGUGGGCAGUAGAAGAUAGUUCAAAAAAUGUUAAAUCGGAGAGAGAAUUAGCGGAUGACGCGAAACUUCAUCGGGAAAAUGUCAAUCAUCCAAAACAUAGGCAAACUGCGUCUUACGAUAAAGAGAGUGUCGUUGGUUCAAGCAAUAAUCCGGGACCAUCAGGUUCCACGGAUACGGGCUCAUCCCCAGUCAGUGGAAAAGAAGCCAAAAUGGACUCGGGCAAAAUAGCUUCCAUGCAACAAAUUGUUGAGAACACCCUAAGCCAAGAAGGUAGACAAAGGGUGUCACAACUUUUAGAAGCAGUAGAGGCAUUGAGUGGCACAGAGAGGUUAUUAUUAUACCUCCGACUGCCAACAGGUGUACCUGCCCAUGACCCUUUGAAACAGCCUGUCAAUCCACUAGGCUCCAGAGCAGAGCUUCAGCAGACAGUAACAUGGAUACAAACGCACCUGGAAGUUGAUCCUGAUGUAUCAUUACCAAAACAAGAUGUUUACGAUGAAUAUAUCGCACACUGCAUGAGCUGCAAUAUGAAACCACUAUCCACAGCGGAUUUUGGCAAAGUUAUGAAGCAGGUCUAUCCUAGUGUGCGUCCGAGACGAUUGGGGACGCGCGGUAAUUCUAGAUAUUGCUAUGCAGGGUUACGUAAAAAGGUGAAGUUGGAGGUACCACAACUCCCAGAUUUGGGUGAAUCAUCCAAGGAAGUACAAGUAGCGUCGAGGGAAACAGAGAGGAUAAUAUGUGACUGGGCAGAAACCAAAUUAGGUGUGAAGUUCAACAGUAUAUCGGAAUUGUCACGACACGUGGCUUCGCUAGCGAUACAGAGGGCGCCACCGGGACCGUCUAGUGCAUCCCCCCCGCCUAUGGCAGUGCAUGUUCCAACAGAAGAAUCAUCUGGUCCACAGCUAAUGAAACAAUUAAAGCGAAAAUUACAGGGCACACCAGGCAGACCUAAGAAGAAUAAAGGCCAAGAAAUUAUAGUUGAAUCGCCUCCGUCUACCUCAUACAUUAGCCAGCAUUCAUCAGUAAAGCACGAGAGCGAGCUGCUGCCCGAGGCCGGGUACGCGUACCAGCCGGGCUACAUGCCGGUAUACGAGGUGCGGCCGCCCUUUCCGUACGCGCCGCCGCCGCGUGCGCACCCGCCGCACCCCGCGCACCCGCCGCACCCGCCGCACGUGCCGCCCGCGCCCCAUCCCUCGCCGCACCCCUCGCUGCCCGUCCACGAGUACCGCCCCGAGCCGUACGCGUUCGAACCGCCCUACGCUCCCCGCGACCUUACCCUCCCCACCGACGCUACUCACAACCUCCCCAUCAACCUCAGCAGCGACGCCUCCCUCGACCUCUCCACGGAACGCACGGAAUGGCAACGACGCCGCCCUCCAGACCCGCAAACGCCUCGUCUCCCUCUGCCCGGAAAAAAACUCAUAUUAGAAACCUACCAAAGUGAAACCCAAGCUAGCUCCCCGCGACACACAGAAACAUACUUACCGAAAAAAAUGCGCGCCGCUGAAAUACUCUGCGGGAAAACUGCUGCGCCGAGGCAGACCGCGAUGGGCGCAGAUCAAGCCACAUCCAGUACGAGUAGUAUGGAGCCGUCUCUACGUCCCGAGGUUGCUUUUUUAGAGGAUCCAAAAAACUUACCGAGCCGGUCCAAAAGCACCGCCGCGGCGCUGGCCCGGGAGGAACAGGAGGCGGCGAGUCCGACACAGUCGGUGAAGGCUCCGACGCCUAAGUGCCAUCGCCCCACGCAGCGAAAGUAUUUCGGCCGAAACAAAAGUCCCUCAGACCGACCGACCCAGCUCGACCGAGCUGCGACUCCCGAGUCCUGCUGCGGUAUUGAUGGCAUCAAUAUCAAAACUGGAAUUAUUUGCGAGGAAAAACAUUCUGAAAUAUUUAAUCGCGAACGAGUGAUUAGCAUCUGCAACAUCGACAAGCACGACUUAGACGAUUAUCUCAAUGAAAACAACAGUCAGGAACACGAAGAGGAGUUGUUAAAAUAUUUUCAUCCAAAAGAUAACGACCCAGAGACACCUGUGAGUACAAACACAACCCAGACUGCGCCUACUUUUUUAGAGACUAGUCAAGAUCCCCACGAUGACCACAGUCAAGGCAAAAACGAAAAAAUAUCACAAUUGCGAGAGUUACUAGCAAAGAAUUUAAAAAACCAAAGCGGUUCUAACUCUCAGAAUAUUCCAGUUAAUCAAGAAAGUCAAAUUGUAGAAGCUUUUAGCCAGGUAAACAAACCUACUACUACAGAAGGAGCUUUCAAACCUGUGUCGACGAUAGUAGACUCUAUAAAUAAUAGCACACUCCCUCAAAACGAAGUCAAUUGUGAGAAGCAAUUCAAUUGUAUGCCAAGUGAAAAUGGAACAUCGACACCAUAUAAUACUGAUAAUGCACAUCAACUUUUAAGCAGUGUAGGUCCUCAUCUGUACAAUGGUAACUGUAAUAAUGAACCACAAAGUCCGACUACCCGGACUCAACAAUAUGAUUUUGUCCCAAUAUCUGAUGGGUGUCAUUCACCUGGAAAUUUUCAUUCAAAAUCCCCUUUAGGAUUUGGACAAAGGGUAAAUAGCCCAUCAAAAGUAAACAAAUGUGUGAUUAUGAGUAGCUCACUUCAAACAUCCCCCGUAUCGAUGAGCACUGCGGCUAGUCCUUUUGUGAGUCCGAGAAAUACUCCAGUCCCCAGAUCACGUUUCUUCUCGAAACCAAUCCCCAAGCAUAAUGGUAGAAAAAGACGAAACCCUCUCACAUUAGGCGUAACGGAACAUUGCUCUAAUAAUAACCGACCAUUCGCUAUACCUAAUGAUCAAAAGUUUGUUUCGAAAUCUAUAUGUAACACGAAUAUUAAAUAUUGUCAACCAAUGUCGGCCCCACCUUCUCCAAAUAUACUGUCACAUUACAAAUAUCAAGGUUUCCAAUCUUCUGGUAUUCCAAAUGGGGUAAACAAUAUGUGUCUCUUUUCAACCAAUUCUUUUAGAGAUAAUAUGAAUGGAGAUAAUAGUCAGCCCUUAUCAGCUGAUCCAUUAUCAAGUGAAGUUAGUCAAUUUUUCCAAGAGCCGAUGGCUACAUAUAGGCAUGGACAUGACGCAGCAUUUAGGUCUCAGUCAGUUCCAUUAAAACAGGCCAUUAAUAAUAUAGGUCUGCUUAGUUAUAAUAACACUCCUGUCGGUUCGGUUCCGCCUACACCAGUCCCGAAUGAAUUUUGUGACUUUGGAUCACUAGCAGACUGUGACAUUUCAAAAGCAGGCCUCAAUCCCGAGACACUGGAUAAAAUUUAUGAUGCGAUCGACAGUAGUAACGAGGUACUUAAUGCAGGCACAUCUACGAGUUUACUGAAUUCUAAUGAUACCCUGACUAAUGGUUGUGAUACUCUACCGGAUCAACAGAUACUAACAGAUGAUCAAAUAACUUCGUUUAUACCUAGCGGUGGAGAGUUAUUAGAUAGGAAUGGACAAUUUUCUGAAACUUUUGGUAACAAUUCUUCUUCUGGAGAAAAUGUUGAAGAAUUCUUGAAACGAACAAAUAGCAUUGAAUUUGAUCUAACUGAUUUAGAAACAGACAAAAACAAAUAUUAUACAUCUCGUUCAGUACCUAGCACACCCCUGCCUUAUAAACGCGUCGCACCAAAUCUACAAAUUGAUUCCCGACGAUCUCGUGAGUUGUUUCCAGCGGAGAAUUAUUCAAACGUUUCCAAUGGAAUAUCGUCAAAGUCUGUUCCAUCGACUCCACAAUUAGCUGAAGAUAGAAGUAUAUUUAGUUACAGUAAUAGAGAUUUCUUGAUAAAUGGAAAUUCAGUCGAAAUCUGCGGAACCAGUCAAGUGCGCCCAGUCGUCGACAGUGAUCAAGGGCUCACCUCUCCUCUCGAUGUAUUGCGUGAAGAUAUACUAGAUCCAUUAACUCCUGCAGCUGAUUUAUUAGCAGACUUAGAUAAAAUAGAUGGAGCUCCAUACGUUGACCUCUAGUUAACGAUCAAGUGUCACAUUAUUUGUACAGUCUGAUAUCAUAUAUGGUAUCAUAAGUGAGUACAAUGUUUACAUUUAUGCCUUCAGUGAAGGCGGUCUUAUGUUAUUAUUAUAUUAGUUUACACCUAACAAUUUAAGCAGUAAAUGACAUGCUGAUAUUGCCUAUAGACGACUCAUUAGGGUAACACGAAAACCUCGACCAAAACUUUCUUAGGAAGGCUAACGAUAUCAUUUAGUUCAAAUUUCGUUAAGUGAAAUAAGCUAAAUGUUAAUUACACUACAUUUCUAUACAAGCGGAUUUUCUUACAUACAUUAUAUUUCAAAUAAUGUUUAUACAUCGGGUCCAAUUGUUGUUUAUAACGGAUUCCAAAUUAGAACGUGCCUAACGACAAUAUAUAAGCUCAUAUAAAAUAACACGGAACAUCGAAAUUUUUAUAGAAAUAUUUUGUACAUAGCGUAACACAAUCCGCAUAAAUGAUAAAAAUAAGUGAUAUCACCAUACCUUACGUAUAAGCGGUGUAUAAUAUUAAGCAGACCAAUCUGGCGUGCCAAGCACGCUCAGAGGACUAUUAUACCAAUUGGUUUCUCUGUUAGGGGAAAUUUCUAGAUAGUUUAUUAAAAUGAAUUUAUUGUAAGUUAGCACAAAGAUUUAAUAUAUUUUAUUAUGCAUAGGAGUUUUACUCUGAUAAAAAUUAACUUCGCCACAUGUAAUGUGGCAAUAAAUAUACAUCCGGCUAUAAAGCUUGAGCUUACAAAUAUUAUAGCCCUAAAUUGGAUUUUGUUAUAUAUACCACUUUGCAAAUGGUCUCGCGAGCAAUUUUUCAACUGAAACUGUCUGUACCAGACUAUCCCUUUAAAAGUUGUUGAAAUACUGGAUAUGUAAUUUUCUGUGCUUUUUAUUCGGAAGAAUGCAAUUACUAAAAAUCGCGACACUAAAAACAGAAAUAACAAUGAAAGCAAACCCGCUAUACUACUUUGGCGAACGCAUUUGCAGGAUUGCGAUUAAAGUGUUUCUAAUUGGAUAUAUAUUUCAUAGGUAAUUCAUUAGAAUGCAUGAUUUAGAACCAUAUUCCAUACAGUCCUCUGUAAAGAUUGUAUUUCCAAUUAGUGACGCCAAUGCAUGUUUCUUAAGAUUAUAAAUCGUUGUUAAUCCCGUUUUAUUCUUUACGAAUUUUACUGCGAAAUGAAGAAAUAAUUGUUUGGCAAAUAGCUCUAUAUAUAUUUUAUUUUGCAAAAUUUGUGCCUAAUACUUACAUGUAAACAAUCUAAGUAGUUGGAUUAAAAGGUUAUUGCUAGUACAAAGAAUACACUGAUUCGACAGGGAUUUACAGAUUUUACACUACUGUAAGAGAACCUGAAGACUGUUAACAUUUGUAUCUAGAUAUUUUGAACAAGGAGAUUUUAAAAUGUGCAAAGCGAUGUCGUCUAGACAUACGUAUGUUUUAUUUUUAUUUGAGUUUGAUAAGAUUUUUAUAAAAUUAUUAUUUGUAAAGAGAUGUAAGUUCAUAUUAAAACGUGUUCUUUAUUUACUUGUACCGUCAAGUUUGUUACAUAGUAGCGACUACGACACUAAUAUCCCGGCCUCGUUUCUUUGUAAAUACUUUAAGUGUUUAACAUUACUUUUAAAAAACCGUUAACAGUAACAGCCAUCAUGCGUCUAUUUUUGUAUCCCAAAAUUUCAUUUGUGAAAUGAAUGUCAGGACCACUAAAACAAUUCAGUGUUAAUAAUUAUAAAAACAUCUUGCAUAAACGUACUAUAAUUAAAAAAAAUUUUAAUAAAUAAAUAACAAUCAUUUACAAAAUUUAUAGUACAUAGAUCAAGAUAAAUCUCAGAAAUACUAAUUUAUAAAAAUAAAGAAUCGUCGAUUUCAUAUCGAUGGUUUUACAAUAAAUUACAUCCUGCUUAACAUAGAGCAGCAACACGAAUAUAAUUUUAAGCGACGGACGCUGUGGAAUUGUUACGAACUGUGGUCAAAUGCCACUAAAAUGUCAUGCAUUUUAAAUGCAAUAGUCGGUUGAAUGAUCAAUUUAUGAGUUAUGUUACUGUGGAGUAAAUAUCGGAUGUUUGUCGUGUUGUUCUUUAAGUGUUAGUUGGCCGUACACAAAUCUUACAUUUAGUAUAAGUGUGAAAUUGAUGUUUAUUGUUAGAAUAUGCUAUAAUUAUGUGUAUAAAUUUAGUUUUGCAAUGUUCUUGUUUUCAUAUAAUAUAUUCAAGGAUUAUAAUGGACAUUUAUUCCAACUAAACAAUAAAAAUAUGAUGUAGACUAAUUAUGUGAAUUACAAACAACGCAAUCUAAUUGCGCCAUCACAGAUUCCUACAGAAAUAUGUUUUCUUUAAACCGUACCUAAUAGUUAGUCGAAAUUUUAUAAGAACUCGAAUUCUUAUGGUAGGUUAUUUCAUUCAUAUCUAGAUGUCAGCUUUUUAAAAUGUACGAAAAGGACAUUGAAUCAUUUUGUUAUUUUUAACGUGGACAAAAACUUCAGUCAUAUGAUGGAUAAUUGUUACGAUUUUAACACUGUUAUGUAAAUAGACCCGAUAUUACAAUGUAGACGUAAAUUCAUGACACAUUAUUUUUAUGAUUAUCAUGUUGUUUCGUUAAUUUUAUUGUUUUUAUUAUUAGAAUUUUUAUUAAUGAAUGUACUAUAAUAAAUAAGAAAUAAAAUGUAUAUUUUAAGUGAAAAUAUCCAUGUUGUUGAUUAGUCUUAUGGAUGUUGAUUUACACCAUUUGCUAUGCAGUGAUAAUAAAUGGUAUAUUAAUAACA